AUGGCCCUAACCAUGCAGAAAAGACCUCGCAACCCGGACGAUUUCCCUACCACACAGCUGUUUCUUCUGGCCAUCGUCCGUCUCGCCGAGCCCAUCGCCCUCACCUCCAUCUUCCCUUAUGCCUGGCCACUCGUCAAGAGGUUCGAAAUCGGCAACGCUGAAGAUGCCUCCUUUUACGCCGGCCUCCUCAUCUCCUCCUUCUCCCUCGCCGAGGCCUUGAUGGGCAUGUACUGGGGCGGUCUCUCGGACCACAUCGGAAGGAAACCCGUACUUCUCCUGGGAUGCAUCGGCACUAUGUUCAGCAUGGUCAUGGUCGGCUUCGCCUCCAACAUCUGGAUCGCCCUGGCCGGCAGGGCCAUCGGAGGUCUCCUCAACGGUAACAUCGGCGUCAUCCAGACCAUGGUCGGUGAAUUGGUCACCAAGCCUGAGCAUGAGCCCCGCGCCUUCUCCGUCAUGCCUUUCGUCUGGUCCAUUGGCACAAUCAUUGGUCCCUUUAUUGGCGGUACCUUUUCCGAUCCCCACGACGCGUUCCCCAAUCUGUUUCCUGCCGGUGGCCUCUUCUACCGCUAUCCUUACCUGCUGCCCAACCUCGUCUGUGCGGCUCUCCUGUUCGUCAGCAUCAUUUUGGGCUACUUCCUGCUGGAGGAGACCCACCCUGACAUGCAGCCCCGUGUCUCCCUCCCCGACGACACCUACGCCUCCGAGGAGACUCCUUUGCUCGAGACCUCGGACGCCAUGAAGAGGCCCGUCGUCGACCUGAGAGAUGACAACUAUGGCACUGUCCGCGGCCGCAGCGAGCGGGCCUCGGAGAAGAAGGUCGAUCAGCCCUACAACAUCUACACCAAGCCCAUCAUGUCCUUGAUCCUCGCCCUCUGCAUAUUCACCUAUCACUCGAUGACCUACGACCAUCUCCUCCCCAUUUUCUUCGAGGACGACCGCGCCAUCGCCAAUCCCAUGUCCAUCCUCACCUCCUCGACGAGUCCCUUUUACACGCCGGGCGGCCUCGGAAUCUCGCUCCGUGCCGUGGGCAUGAUCAUGGCAGUCAACGGCGUCAUUGCGCUGUUUGUGCAGGCCGUCAUCUUCCCCUUCGCCGCCGAGAAGCUAGGUGUCUACCGCCUGUUUACCAUCGUCACUGUGCUGCACCCCAUCGCCUACGUCAUGGUUCCGAGCCUGCUGCUCCUCCCGGAGUCGCUCUUGUAUGCCGGCAUCUACUUCUGUCUGGCCGUCCGCAACGUCCUCUCCAUCAUUCUCUACCCGCUUCUCCUGAUCCUGAUCAAGGAGGCGACCCCGACUCCAAAGGCCCUCGGCAAGGUCAACGGCCUGGCCGCCAGCGCUGCUGCCGGUUUCCGCAUGAUCGCCCCUCCUGUCGCCGGCUGGCUGUACACUUUUGGAAGCAAGAUCGACUGCACCGCGCUGGCAUGGUAUGGCAGUGCCGUCGUCGCCGUCAUCGGUGCCAUCCAGUGCUUCUCCGUCAAGCGCGAGCGCAAGUACGAGGUUUGCGAGGAGGAGGAGGCCCAGCCCUGUCUGCGCAAGAAGGAGUCUCGGGUUACUAUCACGGAGACCCUUUCGGACGACGAGUGA